AUGAACUCUAUUGCUGAGCAUGUUUCGGCUUGUCUCCAGGAGUUCCAUGAUCUCUGCAGUUCUCCGACAAUAUGGGGAGAUAGCUUUCGGGAUGAGGGUCCUCAGAGCGAUAUAUCACUAUUGAAGCUACAGAAUGAGCUGAGCAGAUUCAAAGUCUGGAGUGGAAACAUUGGCGCUCAUCGAAAAGGAAGAAGUUCGCUCGAUCACAGGCUUCGAGAUGCAUCAAAUAUCCGGGAUCAGGUGAUUGAGCUCUUGAAGGACUUGAAAGAAUCCCUCCAAGAUGCCAACAACAUUCUUACGGGAUAUACAACACCAUGGGAUCAAGAUCUGUCCCCAGCUCAGUUUUCAGAUGACGAUUCCGACGAUGAACCAUUUCAAGUCGACACAUCCGGGCCAUCUGAGCUCUCACAGAUAUUUGCUGCCAUCGUUGAAGACAUCAACUGCUUAUUCAGACUUUCAGCGUCCAUUCACAAUCCUUCUCCCCACGACCGCUUUAAGAAAGCCUGUUUGACUGACACAUCCGGUUACGAGCCCUUUGACGUUCAGCAUGUAUGCAACAAGCUUUCUAAGGCCCCAAAGCCGAUCGCCGAAAGACUUGGAAAGGCAAUUUCCCGACGAAGACAAUACUUCAAAUACAGGGAACUGCACCAUGACAAAUUGGCAAGUGGGUUUGAAAAUGAUGAUAACGAUCAGAUGCAGAGUACAGUAGCUUCUUCAUUACCGAAAAAGCUCAACUUGAAUGAACCUAUCUCUUUGGAAGAGGACGUGGAUGAGGUAUCAGAUACUGGGAGAUCGCAGACGUCUUGGGCAACAUCUGCUGCAAAUCCAGAGAGACGAAAGAUACCAGCUCUUCCAGCUGAAGCCGAGAAUGGAUCUUUCGAAUGCCCAUUUUGCUUUAUGAUGAUAUCUAUCUCAUCGAGGAAUCUUUGGAAAAAGCACGUCUUCUCAGAUCUGUUUCCCUACAUUUGCGUGGAGUUAGGUUGUCCAGCCCCUGACCAAGACUUUCAGAGACGUCACCAGUGGGCCGGUCAUGUCAAGAAAUACCAUUGGAAGACAUGGACCUGCAGUCUUGGGUGCAACAAGACCUUUGGCUCUUCGCAAGACAUGAAACGGCAUUUGGCACAAAGGCAUUCUGAAACCGCGGAAUUGACUCAUCUCGACAGCCUUCUCACUAUGUGCGAGAGGCCCAAGUCAGAGAACGAACCAACGGACUGUCCUCUGUGCAAUGAAAAGCAGUCUUCGUUCAAACAAUACCAACGACAUGUCGGUCGCCACCAAGAAGAUCUUGCUCUGUUUGCAUUACCUCAGCUUCCAGGUGAGGAAGAAGGAGGAGGAAAUGAGGAAGACGAAAGUGAAGGGAAAUCUCAAGAGGCCGAACAGGAGGGAGCAGAGGCACAAAAACAACCGCUAGCCCAAAGACGCAAUUCUCUGUUGAGCCUUGACCGUCCUGAUAGGUGGCCGGGGCAAGAGAAGUUUGAGCCAGCUCAGACGAACCAACCAGACUCUCAGCAAGAAUUUGCCGCUGCGGUCGAGUCGAAAAGGAACAACACGAGCCGCGACCGCAAAUAUAUGUGCAUGCAAUGCCCCUAUACAACAAAUCGUAAAUUCAACUUAAUGCGGCAUAUGAAAUGUCACGAGCUGCGGGCACCUGGUAGGGCCGAUACCCAAGAUAGGACGAAGGACAAGAAGCUGCCUCCGACAUCAGCCAUCGAGUUUCGGCAGCCGUCAACGCCUUGGGAUAACAAUUCCGCAAAUGAGGCUUCUGAAUCUACCAUAGCCGCGUGGAUGCAAAACACAGUCUCCACCGACGACGUGGUGAUCGAUCCUGUUCAGACUCCCUCAAGCUUAGACCCGACCGAGUGUGAUGUUCUGCGUCUCAACCAUAACAAGUUAUCACAAAAUUUCUUCUUUACUCGACACGCCAUCAGGGACGGCAAAUUGCGCGUGUCUCGAAUCAGAGAUCUCGCAGUCGGAAUGACGAAUGCUCCUGAGAGUUUAAGACAUAUGGUCGAGCUGUUUUUCAAAGAGACUAAGCUGGAAAUAGACUCAACCCCCAUUCGAAACUACGGUAUAUCGACUGGGGAUGUGUUGAAAGUUGAAUCACCGCAAUUCAGAAAACCUGGUCAAUUGAGCGGCUCAGCCAGCAAAAAUCCUUGGAUGGGCAACAAGCAAACUACUGAGGGGAACAUGGAACUCGAGGGGAAGGCAGAACGUGACAAACGUCGAGCAGAGUUCUCCCGAGAGUUGAGACAAAGAGCUAUGAUGGAAUCCAGCAGCGAUCAAGUGCCAGUCCCUGAAACCUUGUCAGAUCUCGAGACUAGGGAUACCCGUCAAGCCAUUGCCGCAAGUCAGCCAUCCAUAGAGAUCGACGAAAACAAUCUUAGAGCCCUUAAACCUGGUGUUAGAUGUCCUACCUGUGCCUUGGAAGGCAAAGAGAUAUGGGUUGUUCCCGGACGCUGUUGUGGAUAUUGCGGAACACCCUGUGUGGACGAAGAUGUCCCAGAUACUCACUAUUCAUUAGGACGUGCAAUAAGUAACGGCCCAAUCAUACGAGUUAGAAGUAGGGUGGCUUCCGAUAUGCGCAGAGGCCAUUAA